AUGGCUUGCUGCACAUUGCAAAUGGUGGCCCUGCUGCUUGGAAGCAUUGGCAUGGUUGGAACUUUUACUGUCACUCUGAUGCCUCAGUGGAAAGUAUCUGCCUUCACUGGAAACAACAUUAUAGUCUUUGAGAAGAUUUGGGAAGGCCUGUGGAUGGUGUGCGUCAGCCAUAUCAACAAGUACCAGUGCAAAUUCUAUGGAUCUCUGUUGGCCCUUCCACCUGCUUUAGAAGCAUCCCGGGGACUCAUGUGCACAGCUUGUGGGUUGUCAGCGGUUACCUUUCUGAUUGCCAUUGCAGGUAUGAAGUGCAUCACGUGGCCUGUUAGCAACGAGCAAAUGAAGAGCAAGAUUUUGUUGGCCGCUGGAGGGAUUUUUCUCCUGACUGGGGUUAUUGUGUUGAUUCCUGUUUCCUUGGUUGCCAACAAUAUCAUCAGAGACUUCUACAAUCCAGUAAACCCACUUGCCCGGAAACAUGAAUUAGGAGCUGCCCUCUAUUUAGGUUGGAUCACCUCAGUAUUUCUAAUCAGUGGAGGAGCCAUGUUUUGUAGCUUCUGCCACUGUGCAGAAAAAUCUGGAGGAUACCGAUAUUCAUCACCAGCCAGUCACAGACUGAACAAACCUGAAGACGUCAGAAGGAAGCCUUUAAGUGUGAACACCUAUGUCUGA